GCAUGCUUCAAGGAAGAACAUUAGAAUAAUCAAUCUUUGUCGAAAAUCACACGGAAGAUACAGGAAAUCUCAGGGUUGCAGGCAGAUAACAUCAAUGCACAGGAAAGCGCAUUAACUAAAAUGACAAGAUGCCCUUUACAGAUGAUGGAGGAAUAACUUGGCACAAUUUGUUCACUUCCUUUCAAACGAAGAACAUUAGAUUGAGUCAUGAACAGCUCCAACGAGACUUCUUAUUCCGUUGUUAACAUGGUGAAGACUUCAGUUUACCUGACUGAUUUUACUGUCACUGUAACAUGCUGUCAUGCGAUAGUAAGUACGGUGCAGCAAGAAUUGGAAUUAAAACGUGAGCCGAGAUACAUCCUCCUGGGCCAGCAUCUCAUCUAUGCAUCUAUAUAUUUUGCUUUGGGCACUCUGACAAAUGGUUUUCGACUCUUCAGCAUCAAUUCACCGAGAAUUCUCUGCUGGAUCCUGUUCACAGUGCAAGUAACGUUCGCACAGUGCAUCAUGCUAACUUUAACACUAAUGUCCUUGAACGCUUGUCUGGCUAUCUGCUGGCCUUUGCGAUAUAAACCACUUGUUGAUUCAGUUAAAAACAAAGUAACUGCAAUAAUGUGGAUCUUAGCACUGCAGAAUCCAUUGUGGUCAAUAAUUUAUCAAAGUCUGAAUGUCUCUUUAGCAAAUAUAAUUGAAAAGGACAACAGCUGUCCCAGUCCAAUGAAUGGUGUUGCUUCAAGAUAUAUUGGAAUUGCAUUUGUCCUCCUAUGUUUCAUUUUGAUUGUGUUGUGUUACUGUUUAAUAUACAGAGAAGGAAAAAGGGCUGGACAUUUUGUCACCUCAAAUGUUCAAGCCAGGAAGACAAUUAUUAUUCAUGGUGUGCAAUUAAGCUUUUUCAUUAUUCCUGUUCUGAUCACAAUAGGACUUGGUAAAAAACACACACUGACAACAUUAUCUCUCAUCAAUACUGUCAUUUUCUCCGUGGCUCAGUGUCUUAGUCCUGUGGUCUAUGGCCUCAGAUGUAAAGAGCUUCGAAAUAAGUUAAAAAAGACCAAAUUCUGCUGCUGCACUUUUAAACAUGGCAGGAGGAAUGACCAUGCUUUUCAGCAGGAUGUUAACCUGGCUGUUGUUCCUGUGAUUGAUGCCUACAGUAACCAGGUUUGCAAUCCCUGA